AUGAGGGACGACAAUGCGCGCCUGGCCUUGGAGAAUGAGGAACUUCAAGCCCAAGUCGCCUUGGAAAUCAGGCGGCGCCAGCACGUCGAGGCAACCUUGGAGAUAGUCACCGCAUUCUGGCGGGUCUCUGAGGAAGACCUCACGGCUAAAAUCAAGGAACUUGAGGAAAUCAAGAAGUCCAAGAACCACGAUCAGGACGGCGAGUCUGGCAAUGGGGUCUCCCAGUAG